UAUUAUAUUAAAGUAUUAAAUAAUGAUACAAUUCUAGGUAAGUUAGCUUUUGACAUCAAAGGUGGUAAGAAGGGAAUAUGGUUUGAAUUUAAUAUUUUCCAGUUCAUCAAAAUAUUCAAGGAUCAUUGAUAAUUAUUUUGUUUUGAAUUUUAGGUCUCUGACACAGAUCUGGCCUACAUGGUCAUUAUAAGGUAAGAGCUACAGCACAACAUCAUUUUCAAUAAGUGUUAGUUUUUCUUCGCACCCUUUCUAAAGGAUAUUAUAAAAUGUUUCUUCACAAGAAAAAUAUUUUGGGGAGGGGCAGAAACGUGACAUCCUAAACAAUUGCUACAUAGGUGACUACAAAUUUUACGAGUCUUAAGUGUUACUUUAAUUAUUUUUAUCUUUAUUCAAUUGCCUUGUAUAUGCAGAGGCAGUGUAACUUCUGUCCACCCAAUUCAAAAUUGGUAUUGAUCAGAGAGUAACAAUAGUAACGUUGUAAGAUGGAUUUAACCUAACCAGAAUAAAUAAUGCAAAGAAAAAAAUCAUUGUAGAUUAACUCUUUCAAAGCCAGGAGUGACCAGUGAGUAAUUUUUCCUUGCAAUGUCACCAGAUGUUUUAGAAACUUAGCAGAAAGAACGAAUUCAGCCUAAUAGAUAGGGUUUGGUUUGGCAUCGAAAUCUCAGAGCUACACUAUGUCAAUAAUGAAAUGUUCAUUAAGGGACGAAGCAAUAGUUCCGGACCUAAAUCGUGCCCGUAGCGAUUGUCCUACAGUUGAAAGUGUUCAGGGGAACGUUCCUGUGAAAUGCCCUAGGAGAGGUUGCAGACUACACCUGAGGUGCCAGUGUCUUGCUGAAAGAAAUUUCCCACGGAAUGCGUUCACACCUCAAGAUUCAAUUAUCCUCAAUAUAGUGCGGUUAGAGAACUUAGCCAAUAGGAUUCAUAUAGAAAAUAACGACGAAGUUCUAAAUUCAACAUUACUGAUACUGUCCGCUUUCUGGACUCCUCAUCUACGGCUGCCCUCUGGAACGGGACGACACAAUGCCCCGAAUGACAACAUCUAA